AAACUUGGAUGAAUCCGAGUAAGUCAACGACGCGUAUGCAGCGACUGACGUGGUAAAUUCUAAAUGGAGUUUCCCGAUGUCGGCCACAUCAGUUACCAGCGCUGUACAAAUGGGCUUUUGAGGUUCACUGAGUAGACGGACUUCUGUUUUUAUCUUAUUAAAUCUGGAUAUUCAAUAAAUUCCAGUAAAAAUGGUGUUACUAACCAUGAUCGCGAGGUUAGCUGACGGCCUGCCGCUAGCUGCUACAAUGCAGGACGACGAACAGAGUGGCAGAAAUAUUCUGGAAUAUCAGAAUCAAGCUAAAAUGUUAUUCAGGAAACUUGGUCCACAAUCGCCAUCGAGAUGCACCAUUGAAACUGGACCAUAUUUAUUUCACUACCUUAUCGAAAAAGAAGCCUGUUACUUGGUAUUGUGUGAACGGAAUUAUAGUAAACGUGUAGCUUACAGCUAUCUUGAAGAUAUUGCGCAAGAGUUUGACGCCCAAUAUGGUAAAAAGAUCAACACCGUCACUAGACCCUACACUUUCAUUGAAUUUGACACAUAUAUUCAAAAGGCAAAGAAGGUUUUCUCAGAUAAUCGGUCCAGGAGAAAUAUGAGCGCUCUUAACAACCAAUUACAUGAUGUUACAAGAAUCAUGGUUCAAAAUAUCGAUGACGUUCUUUCGAGAGGAGCUAUGCUUUCAGAAUUAGAUACCAAAACGCAGAACUUGUCAAUGUUGUCACAGAAGUACAGAAAGGAUGCCACGCAUUUGAAUAGCAAAUCAAUGUACAUAAAGGCAGUUGCAGGGAUAGUCGCAUUCCUUGUCUUCCUACUGUACUUUUUCAUUCUAUAAUCGAUGAGUAUGAAUUUUUAUUAUGUUAUUGAUUUGAAUACCGACUGUAAAUUCUACGCCUAUGGGGGGGCGUGCGAAAUAUUUUGAACAUUAUGCAUUGCAGAGAAUGUCUUUCUGUUUUACAUUCAGUUAAACUCAAAUAUUAUAUAUUUAUCUACAUACUGACUUCAAGCGUAAAAAUAAGGCGUGCAGUUUAGUUGAUAUAAAGAAUUUGAACGGCAUGAUGUAUGCUGAGUACAGCCUCGAUUAUAUCCGUAAUAAGUUUCCAGUCUUUUUUCUGUGUAAUCCGAAGGUUGGAUUUAGUUAGGCAACAAAUUGUUUUUCAUUUUUAAUUUUCAAACAAUGCUUUGAAGUUCUACAAGCAGAGAUACACGAGUUUUAUAUUCAUCAGCAUUUCAAUCAUUUAGAUUUCUCAAUGUAUAAGAAUUAAAACAAAAAUCGGACAAACUGCAAUGCGAUAGGAAUAUCGUAGGCAUUUUUGCAGACUAAGAGCUCCUUGAAAAGUUACAUGAACAGACGUUUCUGUUAUUAUGUAAUGUUACUUGCUUACAGCAAAAUUACUUAUGUCAAAAUCUAUGCUGCUACAGGUUUUCGUAUAGGCGAUAGAAUUUAAAAUUCUAUUUUUGUGAUGUAACACUUUGAAAAUGAUUUCUAUUCGAUGAAUAUUCGUGUUUAAAUAUAAGCAUACGUAUUUUCCUUCAACUUCCGAAUACACGAAUCAAAUUUACUUUUAAUUCCAUCAAAGUGAGUAAACAUAAUCUGUUUUUAAUGGGAAUUUGAUACAUUAUGCAUAGCCAAUCCCAUUGAGAACUCUUAGGAAAUUAUUUAUUAUUUAUGUGGUAUAAAGUAUUGUUGGGGAAUAUAUACAU